AUGCCUUGGCGAAAACGCGUCAGUCUGUCGCCCAUCGCCUUCCAGUCUGGUCUGCGAGCUGACGAAGUGCGCAACAGAAUUCGCGGGAGGAACAUCAGCAGCUUCCAUCCAGUACAUGAAGGGCCAGGGAAGAAAGGACGUUCUUACUCCCCACGCCUUCACACUACUGUCUCCCCAUGCGACGAUGCCCACGCGCGAUGCCCCCGCACGUGA